AUGUGAAAAUGCUUAAAUACUUCUUCUGAUUUAUUUCGACAUUCAGUUUUCUUUGGUAGAAGUGGAUUAACAUCCUGCAUCUUGACAAUCUGCCAGUGAAAAUUUCUUUUAUUUAUCUAAUUUCAAAUACAUUUCUUGUGCAUAGUGAUCUUCAUGUGGCUCCACAACUUCGAUUUUCUCCUAUCAUGAAGUACUCCUUUAAAUACAUGUUUGAUAUCAACACACAUUUUGAUUACUCUCAAUUAAAAAAAACUUUGUUCCUUCUGAGGAACAAAAAACACAGUUUGAUUUUGUAAAACAAAUUACACAACACCACAUGCAUGUAAAAAUAAUUGGUGAUUCACUGAUUUGUCUGAACUUGCCUUUCUCUGAAUACAUGGCCAAUUGCCAACUACCUGACUUGCUUCCUGGGAAUUGAAGGCAUCGCCGCGGUUGAAGAGGUGUUUAGCUUAUGCUAUAAAAAGACACAGCAGAAGGACUGAACUAACUUGUUUCUGGAAACAAAAUGAAUAAAACUCACUGUCCUCAACCGGAUAAGAAAGUUUUCGAACAUACAGUCCUGCCUACUCUUUACAUCUUGGUAUUUGCUGUUGGACUGGUCCUGAAUGUAUGGGGAAUGAAGUCUUUGCUGCAUAACUGGAAGAAACUUCGGCGUAUUAACAUUCUUGUUCUUAACCUUGGACUAGCAGACAUUUUGUAUCUGCUGACACUCCCCUUUCUCGUCGUGUACUACCUUGAAGGAAGCAAAUGGAUCUUUGGAGAAGGAUUCUGCAAGGCAACAAGAUUCUCUUUCAACUUGAAUUUAUACGGCAGCAUCGGGUUCCUCACCUGUAUAAGUGUGUACCGGUACCUGGCUGUUGUCCAUCCAAUGAGAGUGAUGGGGAGAUUAACUACGACUCACUCUGUGGUCAUCUCAGCCGUGGUUUGGAUUCUGGUGAGUGUUCAAAGUCUUCCAGACAUGUUCUACCAAAAAACAUAUCCAAACAUAUCAAAAUGCUUUGACACCACCUCUGAUGAACAUAUUAAGCGCUACCUGGAUUACAGCCUCACCUGGACCUUCUUUGGAUUCUGCAUUCCUUUCGCCAUCAUUGUGGGCUGCUAUGGACAUGUGACUGUUGUUGUCUGCCGCUCAAAUAAAAUGAAGAAGGACCUGAAACGACGAUUCUUGAAGUUUAUGGUUUUUAUGAUUCUUCUCUUUUCAUUUUGUUAUGCGCCAUACCAUAUUUUCAAGAACCUCAGUCUGUAUUCCAGAACCCUGAGUAAUGAGAAUCAAUGCCCUAAGUGGGACUCUGGAGUCUUUAUUGCCCGUCAGACAAGUCGAGGUCUCGUGAGCCUGAACAGUGCUCUCAACCCGCUGGUUUACCUCCAUGUAAACGAGGAUAUGGGUGUUCAGUUCACACAGCUGCUGCAAAGAUGUUCACAGAGUUUCAGUUGUUUGUUGGAGUCCAAAUCCAGGUCUGUACCGGUACCACAGACUGAACAAGAAGCUGACAGUCCUCUAUGACAGCAGGUGUAGUUUUUCUUUGUUAAUCAUGUCAUGAGGUGAAUUUUUUGACGCUCUGUUUGGUUUGUAUUGUGCCAACUGGUUGAUUCUAGAUUCUAAUUAACAAGUAAUGAAGGUAAACAUUUUAACUGUUGCUGUUGGAGUUAGGCCUGUCACCAUGACAAAUUUUGCUGGGCGAUAAAUUUUCCCAGAAGUUGUUCCGAUAAACAAUGACAUUGUUGUUUUGAGACAUUUUUCAAGUAAUAUAAUGGUAAUGGCAAGAACACAUCCUCAAAGAUCAAUA